AUGGCCAUCCGUAUUUUUAUUAAUCAGGAUCAUGAGAGUUGGGAGGAUCUUCGGGAUGACAUCGUCGUCAAUCUUCAGAAGUACUCUCAGCGGGCUACGCGCGUGGAGAAGGUUUCUCGCCGCUUGAAAAGUAACCUUAAGCACCGUGCUCUGGAGAACGAUGAAGCUGCUAUCAUUCUUUCCAUGCUGUAUAUUCACGUCAACAGGAUGGCGAUUAGAGCUGACGCGCGGGUUCAGAACCAGAGCACGCAGUUCAUUGCUAGACAGAUGGCUAAUAUGUAUGGAUCCCCUACCAGCGCGAGUCAGCGUGAGUCUGAGACCUUCAUUGCUUGGAACAUCUUGAGCGCCCCAUUGCCUCAUUGCCAUUGCAUUACGUGCUUGGCAGACAAAUCCGAGGCCUGA